AUGUCCGCUAAAUCUGCAGCUUUCAGUGGUCGUAAGGAGCUACUUCAAUGGCUGAACAACUUGUGCAAUGCAGAGUAUCCUGCGGUGGAGUCUCUCCGCGAUGGGGCAGCGUACUGCACUGUUGUCGAGGCUGCAGUAAGUCGCAUCGCCCAGAACUGCGCAGCAAUACAGUCAUCUGAGGCCCCUGUUAUGAAGAGCCGCGCUGACCAGGCGCACGUGUACCUGGUAAAGUUGGACUGGUCUGCCACGGCGGCUGUCUGUGAAAGCGCUGAUCCGGCAUUGGAUUCAGUCUCUAUACGUGAAGUGUGUCUUCACAACAUGCGACUCCUGCAGAACAUGCUGCAGGAGUGCGUACCAGCCGAGCACCGGAACACGGUGGACACAAGUCGGCUUGCCACUGGGAAGCUGCAGGACCACGUGGUACUGCUGCGGUGGUUGUACUUGUUCAUGUCGAAGGUGCUCGCACAGUACUCGAAAAAGGCACUGGAGAAGAAAGCUGGAGUUGUGGCAGGCACCGUAGAGGGUGUCAAGUUGAAUCGCACAGCGUGGCUGCGCAGUCGCCAGUCAAGCAGCAGUGAUCGUCGAGAAGUUUGCGCGUUGGCCCAACCGCAUGAAAACAGGAUUGACUUCACGAGAGAAGAAAACAGUAUGGCACCUCGCCGGCUGCCCGCAGACCGGAGCCCGUCUCGCACAUCUCCGCGAGAGAAAGCACACCACGCAUGCAGUGAUCCGGCGCGAGACAGUAGCUCUCUAUUUCGCACACCCAUCGGGAUGAACGUCGGCCCCACACUAGGGCUUGCCUCGCCCAGAGGUGGCUUGCCAGACGCGGACAUCAGGACGAGCUCACCCUCGCCUCGUGCAACACUGGUAACUGGUCCCUCGAAAGGCCAUAUGUCUGAGUCUGCCAAAGAAGUUCUGCGUGAAAGGACCGUUUAUGCACACUACACGCGCGGCACCAUCGCCGUUCCUGAAUUUUUCCGUGCUACCCUCGUGGGGUUGCGAAAUGAAGUGGAGGAGCUGGAGAGGCAAGUGCUCUACGGGCAAGAGCGCCACAACUACCAUCUCACUCACCGAGCAGGUAAAGGAGAAACGGACCGUGCGCUUAGCAUAGCGGCAGCCAAGUAUGACCAGAACACCAGGCGCUGUCAAGAGGGCCGUGAGACUCUCUCUCUGGAGGAGCUAGGGGAGCUGCUGGAGGAGCGAGAUCGCUUGGCACAACAGUAUGCAACCGUGGACGCUGUUGUGACGCGAACACUGCAAUCAGCCAGGAGUCAAGGCAAACCGAUACCACCGCUCCUGCGCGACCUCGUUGAGCUGCUUCAUCCUGCUUGA